CACAGAUACCAAAUCCACCGCCAUCAUGCCAAAGAACAAAGGAAAGGGAGGCAAAAACCGCAAGAGAGGAAAGAACGAAGCCGGCGACGAGAAGCGUGAGCUUGUAUUCAAGGAGGACGGUCAAGAGUAUGCCCAGGUGCUCCGUAUGCUCGGAAACGUCCGUUGUGAGUCCAUGUGUAUUGACGGCACUAAGCGUCUCAGCCAUAUCCAUGGUAAGAUGCACAAGGUCUUGAUCGCAGCUGGAGAUAACAUCCUUGUUGGGCUUCGUGAUUACCAGGACGAUAAGGCGGAUGUCAUCCUUAAGUAUAUGCCGGAUGAGGCAAGGUUGUUGAAGGCGUACGGUGAGUUGCCGGAGAAUAUAAGGCUUAAUGAGGGUAUUAUUGGUGGACUUGACGACGAAGAGGAUGGCGCUGGUGAUGAUUAUAUCAAGUUUGAAGACGAAGAUAUCGACAAAAUCUAGGGUUUGUAAUUCAUCCGUUUCUCUUCCGAUACGAAUUCCAGUUUUUGCAUUGAUUAUUGAGACUACUUAAAUAGGAUGUUUUUAAUGAUCCCCUUUCGAUCUGAUUCCCAUGUCUGUCUGUGAGGUCUCUGUAUUUACAAAAA